AUGAGGAGACCAGGAGAAGACAUUACGGACAUUGAAGUUCAUCUGCUGUUAUGCUUCCAGCUCAUCUGCACCUUGAGGGUUUCUGAGUCUGGUCAAUGCACCAACCUCCUCAUGGCAACUUUCAACCUCACUCCUGCUGACCCUUCAACAUUCAUCCUAAUAGGCAUCCCUGGCCUGGAAGCUGCUCAUAUCUGGGUUUCCAUCCCAUUCUCCGUGUUCUAUAUUAUGGGCCUGUUGGGAAAUUUUAUGUUUCUGUUUGUGGUAGGCAAAGAGCAGACCCUGCACAAGCCGAUGUACCUGCUGAUCUGCAUGCUGGCGCUCACCGACAUUGGCAUGUCCACCUGCGUCGUGCCUAAAGCUUUAUGUAUAUUUUGGUUCAAUUUGAGAGACAUUACCCUGGUUGGCUGCUUCACCCAGACAUUCUUCCUUUACAUGGUUUCUAUUAUGUACUCAGCAGUCCUUGUCAUGAUGGCUUUUGAUCGCUAUGUGGCCAUAUGUAACCCUCUGAGAUACACCACCAUCCUUACCAAUGCACGAAUCGCUAAGCUUGGAUUUGUGGGUUUGAUGAGAGCUGUUCUCUUCAUUCUGCCAGAGCCUGUACUCCUGAGCAGGCUGCCGUUCUGUGCCAAUCAAAUGAUCCCAAACACAUACUGCGACCACAUAACUGUGGCAAAAAUAUCAUGUGGGGACAUCACAUUCAACAAGAUAUAUGGCCUGUUGAUAGCAUUUGUAGUUAUUGGCUUUGAUCUGACGCUCAUUGCCCUGUCCUACAGCACCUUGAGGGUUUCUGAGUCUGGUCAAUGCACCAACCUCCUCAUGGCAACUUUCAACCUCACUCCUGCUGACCCUUCAACAUUCAUCCUAAUAGGCAUCCCUGGCCUGGAAGCUGCUCAUAUCUGGGUUUCCAUCCCAUUCUCCGUGUUCUAUAUUAUGGGCCUGUUGGGAAAUUUUAUGUUUCUGUUUGUGGUAGGCAAAGAGCAGACCCUGCACAAGCCGAUGUACCUGCUGAUCUGCAUGCUGGCGCUCACCGACAUUGGCAUGUCCACCUGCGUCGUGCCUAAAGCUUUAUGUAUAUUUUGGUUCAAUUUGAGAGACAUUACCCUGGUUGGCUGCUUCACCCAGACAUUCUUUCUUUACAUGGUUUCUGCUAUGUCCUCAGCAGUCCUUGUCAUGAUGGCUUUUGAUCGCUAUGUGGCCAUAUGUAACCCUCUGAGAUACACCACCAUCCUUACCAAUGCACGAAUCGCUAAGCUUGGAUUUGUGGGUUUGAUGAGAGCUGUUCUCUUCAUUCUGCCGGAGCCUGUACUCCUGAGCAGGCUGCCGUUCUGUGCCAAUCAAAUGAUCCCAAACACAUACUGCGACCACAUAACUGUGGCAAAAAUAUCAUGUGGGGACAUCACAUUCAACAAGAUAUAUGGCCUGUUGAUAGCAUUUGUAGUUAUUGGCUUUGAUCUGACGCUCAUUGCCCUGUCCUACAGUCUGAUCAUCAGGGCCGUCCUCAGAAUUUCCUCCAAGAAAGCUCAUCCGAAAGCCCUCAACACCUGCACAGCCCAUAUCUGUGUGAUUCUGAUUUCUUAUAGUUCCUGCCUCUUCUCCAGUCUUACACAGCGGUUCGGUCAGGGCAUCACUCUCCAUGUUCACGUCAUCUUGGCUAACGUCUAUGUCAUCAUCCCCCCCAUGCUCAACCCAAUCAUUUAUGGGGUCAAAAUCAAAGAAUUUCGUGACAAAGUGAGCAAAUACACCUGCAGAAUCUGA